AUGGGAGCCUACAGGGCACAUAUUAUCCAACAAUUUAUCAACUACCUGCUCCCAUACACCGGUUACGGUCAUUUUGGUGUUGUCUCCUAUGCUUAUUGUCCAGAGAAUUUCAACGUUCCGGUCACUUCCCUGAUGGACAAGGAACCCUCAGACAUUGGCAGCAACGUAACCAUUGACAUAAAACUCCCCACUUUAGCGGACGUCGUCAGUGAAAUGAGGAAAGAAUUGAACGAGCGUGCCGUUGAGAACACAAAGAAAGGCCUCGUAGGGAACCAGAUUGCCGUCCUGUUUGUCGACCCUUCUGUGACAGCAAUUACAUCAGACCUGAUGAGGGAGGCUGGUAAACUAAAACAAGAUGGCUCGAAACUUUACUUGAUCAGUGUCGGUGAGAGCGCGUCACACCAGUCCCAGUAUCUUCACUCGCUGAGCAGUCAGCCGUUCAAGAAAUACAUACUCAGUUACCCAACAUAUGACCAAUUGUUGACCAGUGUCAAAGACAACCCGUCACAGUUCAGCACCAUAGCAACGAAAUCACUUCCAGCGAAUUAG